AUGUCGUAUGUCGAUGUUGUGCCAAAGGUGCUGAUGCUCAUGAUUUUGUUCAGCCUGAAUUCAGCCCUACCUCCAAUUGUCCCAAACAACACUUGUCAACCAAAGUAUACCAAAGAUGGGAAGGCAAUGUUCAUGUUAGAGCUGCCAGUCAUUACGGUAGGAAGUUCUGGAAAUCAAACCAUGGCAGAUGUGGCUGCUUUGGAAAAGAAGGUCCAUUAUCAGGAGAAGCUCCUCAACUCACAGGCAAUCCUGGUAAUGCAGCAGAAACAACAGCUAAGUCAGCAGGCUGCAAAAAUUAUGGAGAUGGAGAAAAUACUCCAUAAAUUGGAUGCCCUCACACCACCUGAAGACUGCCGAGACUUGCUGGUGUCUGGAAAAUCACCCAUUUCUGAUUCGCAGAUCACAGCUUCUUCUUCUUACAAUGCUGACCAUUACCCACCACGUUCAAGACUAUACACACUUACUUUUAAUGUGGGUGAUGGGGGAAGCUGGCAUGCUGCAAAAAGAGACAUGAACCAGUGGCUCCAGUUUGACUUUGGGAGAGUGAGAAAACUAACAGCAGUGUUAACUAAAGGACGGAAUGGCCAAGCCUGUUUCGUGACGGAAUACCAGGUGCAAUAUGGGAACAACACGUUGUUAAUGAGAGCUCUCCAUGAUGCUGAUGGAAAGAUUAAGACCUUCCAAGGCAACAUAGAUGAGGAUACCAUCCAGCAGAAUGUCCUUGACACUCCUGUGUAUGCCCGCUAUCUGCGUAUUAACCCAGUGUACUGGCAACAUCACAUUUGUAUGAGGGCAGAUGUUCUGGGCUGUUGA